GAUAACGUGUUCCAAAGUACACCUGUACACCUGAGUAGAGCGGCUCAGUUCCCAGGACGAGGAUACAUGCUCUGCUUCUAUAAACAAAAUCAAAUACCAGACUUGAGGCAAACAUGUAAUUUGCCUAGGAUUUAUUUAUAUCCACAUUUUGGAAUAAAGCGGACAGUUUUGAUGUAAAGGACUGCAGCCUGUGCGGCCUUCACUGCUGACAAUAUGCGGCCCCGGAUGGUCAUCUUUCUCCUCUUCUGCUACGCUUCUGUUACUAGUGGCCAAGGUGAAAAAGUAGCUUUCACCUCCAGAAAUUUCAUCAACAUCCUAACAUGGGAACCUGCAGAGCCAAGAUUUCCAGGAGAGAAGGUCCAAUACAGCGUCUUGUAUAGUGCCAGUGACAAGGAGAAGGAGGUGUUCCAGAUCAAAGCUGAAUGUCAGAACAUUACAGAGCUUUCGUGUGACUUGACCGAUGAGACCCCAGCUGUCUAUGAUGUCCACUACAGAGCUAAAGUUCUGGUUGGUGACUCAGAUUAUGGCCAGACCAGAAGAUUCAGACCUGUAGCUGAAACUGUUUUGGGUGCUCCGAUUUUGUCUCACAACAUAAGUAGGGCUUCCUUACACGUGAAUGUCAAACUUCCUCUGGGACGUAACAAUGAGUCCAUCUCAGACAUUUUCAAAAAAAAUAUAAAGGGACCCUCUGGAGAUUUUGCUGUUUAUCAUUUGAUAAUUACAAAACCUCUAAAGGCAACACAGGAGAUUGAAAACACUUCAGGUCACUUUGUUGUCAACUUAAAGGAUGACCAAAUGCAGUACUGUGGCUAUGUGGAGUAUAAACCAGCAGUGGAAUGGGGACGCCCACGGAGUGAAAAAGCUUCCUUCUGUACAACACAACCAGGUCCUUUUUGGAUGCCGUGGAUUAUACUGAGUGUGGCUGUUCUGGUAGCUGUUCUGUUGGUGGCAGUGUGUUGUGUAAAGCGCUAUGUCACUCAUGUGAAGAAGACCUGGCCACAGUCAUUGGGCUUCAAAGAACAAUCAAGUGAUUCACAUGAAGCCAUUAUGAAACCGGAGGAGGCUCACAAUAUUUCCAAACUUGAAAUCUCUGUCUGUCUCUCUGAAAAGAUAGAGUAUGCCAACAUCCACAUGAUGCCACCUGUUUUGUCUGUUAGGGAUGGGCAUUCAAAUAAAAUACUUUCUUGGACAGAAAACUCCUUCGACAGAGGAGUUGGAGUUCAUGGUCGGGUGCUACGUUACCCGGACACCAGCACUGAGUCCUCAGUAAACUACGGUGGUGUAGUUGUUGAGGAGAAUGGAGAUUUCCACCAGCUUCAGACAGACCAAGCUUGGAAAAAUGCUCAGUGGAUAUCCAGUAAAGAGGGUCUGGUUGAAAGUGGACCUUCACCAAAGACAAUACCAUUAUCCAAUGUAAACAUUUAUGAAAACGGUGAAACUCAGCCGUUAUUGUUGCAGACACAGAGGGACAGUGAAGGACAGCUGAUGUUGUCAUUACAGGCGCCAUUCAGUGGAACUACAGACACAUUAGUCUCUCUACAAAGGAAACCUCUUCUAUCCUACCUCACAGUCUCCUCAGACAAGGGGAGCAACUUUGUGUCUUUGCACAGUUUGGACAGUUCAGAUUGCUCCGACUUUGGUUCCGAUGAAAACACUCUGCCAACACCAACACAGGACUAUGGCAACAGUCACUACUUACCAACUCAACCAGAUUUUACCCAUUUCAGUCCAGACUCACAGAGCUCUCUGUCCUGUGACAGUGGCACUUAUGAUACUCCCUACAAACAAAACUGGAUGCCCUCUAUCUCCAAUGGAACUUCUACAACAAAUUAUGCUUGGACGUGGUCUGGUCUUAAAGAGGAAAGCAAAGAAGCGGAUUAAGUGUAGGGCAAGAAGGAAUAAUGUGUAUUGGUGUUCCACCGUUGUACACAUUGUGUAAUCAACGUUAUGUUGAGAAAUGUGUCAUCAACUAUGUUGAGAAAUUAUAUUUUUGUAAAGGUAAAAAAAUCUAAGGUUCUGAACUCUCCAGAAGGAACAUUCCUAAGAAUUCACCUUUGUGUAUAAAUCCAUGUGAAGUGUAACAUGUUUUCUAUGUUUCUAUGUAAGAAGACAGUCUGUAUUUUUAUUUUGACAUUAUAAUACUGCUAUUUUGUUAACUACUUUCUGUUGUAGAUACAUAUUGAAGACAUCAAAUAAUGAAGCAAGAUAUAUAGAAUUAUGGAGCAAAGAUUUUUUCUUUGCUACAUAGAAAAAAUGUAGUAAAGUUUAUAUUAUAGAUUCAGAUUCCUCACAGUAGCCACACUUUGCUUUGUUCGCAGCACUGCAAACCCUUGGCCUUCUCUUAAUGAGCUUUACAAUGAAGCAGCUUGAUAUGGUUUUUACUUCACAGGUGUGCAUUGUCAGGGUUUAUUAGUGAAGUGUGCAAAGUAUACUAAGAGAUCUAAGCAUACUAAGAGAUCUCAGAGAGCCAAAAAGCAGGACAAGAGAGAAUCAGUUACGGUUUUCCUUCUAGAACAUAGAAGGGAAGGUGUAACCAUUCUUUACACAGUGGGUGUGUCUGAAAAGCUUCAGAGGAUUUUCAGACAGCAUGAAGUUCUGGUCUAUUUCAAACUUACAAACACUUAAAGACAGAAACUAGUUCACCCAAAGGACAAAACCCCGUCCAUAAACAAAGUAAUGUGGUCUCCUCCAUUCAAUGUAGUGAGGACUGUAAUGAGCGUUGUACUGGAGAAAUAAAACAGCCACUCCAUGAGAGAAUGUACCAACCUCUCCGUGAGAGCUCCUUGGGACCCCAGUCUGCAGUACAUCUCCAUUUCAAAGCCACUAACCACUCCUUUGAAGAUAGUUACGUACAGAUCUUAGCCAAAAAAAAAAAAAAAAGGUUUGAGACGGAAGUUAAAGAGGCAAUUUAGACAUCAUCUAUCUCCUAUUUAUAACUUCAUCCACAGACCUAUAUCUAAACAAGGAAAAUAAUGUGGCAGCCAGUAUGCUAAUACGUGUGAGAGCACCCAUUAGGGGCCUGUACGAUUAAGCUAAAUAUGACACGGGCACAGUUCACACAUAGUGUAGCUUUAGACCUAGUCACCAAACAGAAACUGUAAACAGGUGUAUUAAUUUCACUGGAGUUAGCUCCUCCCUUCAGAUAGAUAUAAGACAGUGUCCAUCAGAACUGAAGAAGUUACUUGGAUGAGCAGCAAAAUGUCUUCACUCAAAAAACUUUUUGUCCAGUUGACAGAUUUGAGUUUUUCUUUUACAUUAGGAGGACAAGUAGCAAAGUGAUGUGCAGUGUAGUCUUACAAUACUGGAUAUGUAUGCUGUUAACCAUAGGAACAUAUUAAGAUAAACUCAUAAAUGUGUGCUGACCUUUGCGAUAAGAUAACCCAUGUCCCACAUAGCAAGGUAAUAAAACACGUAUCCACUGUCAUAUACACAGUCAUCCCAUAAUACUUUGUAAGAUUUUGUAUUUUGCUUGAAACAGCUUAACUAUUUUGGAGUUCUUCUUAACUGUCAUAAAGUUCAUGAACCUGUUUUAUUGUAUUAGUAAUUUGAUAUUUAGAUUGAUAUUUAUAAUGAGAAACUGAAAUACGUAAUAUAUUAUAAGGUGGGGUCAUAGUGUAACCGAGGCAGUGCUGAUAACAGGUGUUUGAGAACAUCAUUGUGUAAACCUUGUGGUAUAUUUGCAUCAGCUGCGUGGCAAUAUUCUAAUAUGGUCUCAUUUAUUAUCAGAGAUUUAAUAAAAAGUGGUGGUUUUCAAAAUGGCGUUUCAUCUGUCUAAUUUACAUUCACGUUUAGACCUGGGCCAUAAUUUACUUCAGUUAUUUGAGACGGGUUUAAGACCUGAUCAUUGUGCUCACACUACAAAUGUUAACAAUAAUUUACAAAAAAACAGGUCUCAGCUGUAGAAUACUUGUCUUUUUUAUUUUUAUAGCAUUUUGAUUUGUGUUUUAUGAUUACAAACGUAACUAUGCAUGGUAAUGACAUGAACAGAAAUAAACCUGUG